CGUGAACGUUUAACCGAGGAACAGCAGAGGUUGGUCGCGGUGGGGGAGUAUGGUCACGUGGUGUAGGUGCGGUCAGUCCAGGUUUCCUGAGUGUGUCAGAAAAGCAGCCUGACAGUCUUGUUUGGAAAAGCGCAGGAGCAGGAGUCAUAAUGGAUUUCAAUCUGUCCUCAGCUUUAGAUAAGAAUGAAGAAGUGGUGAAGAAGGAGGAGGCUCAGAAGGAUGAGUUUAGUUGGCCCUGGAGCAAGGACAAGGAUAAGGAUAAGGAUAAGAGCGACAGUAAGGACAAGUCUGGAAGUAAGGACAAGUCUGACAAGGAUAAGUCUGACAAGAAGGAAAAGUCUGAUGACAAGAAGGAAAAGUCUGAUGACAAGAAGGAAAAGUCAGGUGAUAAGAAGGAAAAGAAGAAGAAGAAGAAGAAGGACAAGGAGGGAAAGAAAUCAGGCUCCUCAUCUUCCUCCUCCUCCAGCAGUGAUAAGGACUGAUGCUUCCAGGGGGACAGGACUGCUCCGUUAUGAUCUUGUGUAUUGACAAAGUGUGUGUGAGUGUGUUUGAGUGUGCAGUUGUACCAACUUUUAUUCUUGUCCCGUCACUGGUGUAACAGAAACAUAAUGGUUGUGUGUAAACAAAUCUGUUAAAUCCUCAAAGUAAAUGUUCUGACAACAAA